AUAAAAGAACAGUUGGCGGCACGCAGUCACGUGAGGUUUUUUUUUGUCCUCUCCGUGGCGUGUGCGGCCGGGAUCGAGAGAGGAUACAAGGAGUUGCAUUUGGAGUACAAUUGUGUCUGCUUUGAAGAGUGGUUAGAAUCUUAUCACCUGAGGGCCUUGGAAAAGCUACAUAAAACCCCAAGGCAACCUCGCAGGGAGCUAAAGGAACCACCCACAGAGCCAAAGGAAACCUGGGAGGAAAGAGCAGGUGGACACUAAAAGCAGAAUGCGUCCCAUGCGUAUUUUUGUGAAUGAUGAUCGCCAUGUGAUGGCAAAACAUGCUGCCAUCUACCCAACUCAAGAAGACCUUGAAGCAGUACAGAAUAUGGUGUCACAUACUGAACGGGCCUUGAAGGCAGUUUCUGAUUGGUUGGAUGAGCAGGAGAAGGCUAGUUCUAAAACAGAAGUCACGGAAGCAACUGAAGAACCUGCAACAGAAGGCGAGAACAAGGAAGGAAUGGAAGACCAUGACAACUUUACCAUGGAACAGAAGUCAACAGAACAGAAUGCCAGCCGGACCCUACGGGGUGUGAUGCGAGUUGGGCUAGUUGCCAAGGGACUUCUCUUGAAAGGAGAUCUUGAUCUUGAACUUGUACUGCUAUGCAGGGAUAAGCCUACUAAAUCACUGCUGACUAAGGUCAAAGAUAAUUUGGCUGUACAAUUUGCGAUGAUCACUGAAGAAAAAUAUGAAAUUGAUCCUUCAAUUGAAGAUGCGGCAAUUAUUAUUAAGAACGAUAAAGAAGAACCACUAACCCUGAAGAUUAAAUUGACCUCUCCUCUGGUCCGGGAGGAACUUGAGAAGCAGGCUGCUGGAGAAACAGUAACGAUGAGUGAGCCUGCGGAUGUAUUGGACAGGCAGAAAUGCCUAACCGCCUUGGCGUCCCUGCGACACGCCAAAUGGUUCCAGGCCAGAGCAAAUGGACUGAAGUCUUGUGUGAUUGUCAUCCGUGUUCUCCGGGAUUUGUGUUCAAGAGUUCCCACCUGGGCACCACUUAAAGGAUGGCCGUUGGAGUUGAUCUGUGAAAAGGCAAUUGGAACUGCUAACAGGCCUUUAGGUGCAGGAGAAGCAAUGCGAAGGGUAUUGGAAUGCUUGGCUUCUGGAAUUUUAAUGCUUGAUGGACCUGGUAUCUAUGAUCCAUGUGAAAAGGAAGCUACUGAUGCUGUUGGUGCUCUUACCAGACAGCAAAGAGAGGAUAUAACUCAAAGCAGUCAGCAUGCCUUGCGGCUAGCUGCAUUUGGACAGUUGCACAAGGUGUUGGGAAUGGAUCCACUUCCUUCUAAGCUCCCAAGGAAACCUAAAAAUGAAAAUCCAGUGGAUUAUACAGUGCAAAUUCCUCCAAGUGCAUUCAGCACCCCGGUGAAGCGGCCAAUGGACGAAGAUUCUGGUGAGGACAAGUCUCCAAACAAGAAGAAGAAGAAAACUCAAAAGAAAGCAGCAGAGGAAAAGGUCGAGCCAGCACAGGCAAUGAAUGCAUUAAUGAGACUCAAUCAAUUACGGCCUGGUCUUCAGUACAAAUUAAUAUCUCAGACGGGUCCUGUCCAUGCUCCAGUAUUCACCAUGUCUGUGGAAGUUGAUGGAAAGAAUUACGAAGCUUCAGGACCAUCUAAAAAAACUGCCAAGCUUCAUGUAGCGGUCAAGGUUUUGCAAGACAAAGGUCUUCCAACAGGAGUGGAACCUGAGAAAAUUGAAGAAACACUGAUCAAAGUAGAACCCAAGCCUGUCACUCCAGUCCCUGCAGCAGUGACCGUAAAACCACCUGCUAUAACUCCAGAAGCUGAGAGUACACGUCAGCAAGGCCCAAUUUUGACCAAACAAGGGAAAAAUCCAGUAAUGGAGCUAAAUGAGAAGCGAAGGGGACUUAAGUAUGAAUUAAUAUCUGAGACGGGUGGUAGCCAUGACAAGCGGUUUGUUAUGGAGGUUGAAGUUGAUGGUCAGAAAUUUACUGGAUCAGGCUCCAAUAAGAAAGUGGCAAAAGCCCAUGCUGCACUAGCUGCUUUGGAAAAACUUUUUCCCCACCAGCCUCCUAUGGAGGUAAAGAAGAAAAGGAUUAUUCAGCCACAGCAGCACAACAUGGGAUUUGGUGGUGGAAUGGGUAUGGGAGUGCUUCCCUCUGGUCCUCCCACUGGCCCUCCUGUACAGAGAGGUAGGGGCAGAGGACGUGGAAGAGGUGGCAGAGGUGGUUUCAAUAUUUCCAACAAUUCUGGCUACUUGUCUUCAGGGACUGGUUAUGGUGGAGGAAGCUAUGGAUAUGGUGGUGGUGGUGGAGGAGGAGGAAGUGGUAGCUCCAACUAUGGUUAUGGAUCUUCUAAUUCUUCAAGUGGAUAUGCUGUAGGUGACUUUUUCAAAGACAGCUUCCAAGAUUUUCCCUCUGGCUAGAGGGUGAAAAUUGAUACAAAAUCCUGCCCCUCCCAGUUUGGUCUAACUCAUUUGAACUAUUGAUGCUCCAAACCCGUAAACACAUGCUGGACUAUACUGCUUCAUCUGGACUCUGGUUUCUUGUCGAUGCCACUGAAACGGCAAAUUCACACUGAUUUUGACUCCGAAUUCUGCCAUCCAUCACAGAAGUGUUUGUCUGCAGUAUUUGUUUCUUUUUGUGCAAGACUUGGGGAGGAGGCUUCUGCAAGAUCACCUAUAAAGCAAUAAGUCUGGGGGGUGGGCAAGGAGGAAGGAGAUAAAGGAAUGGAAGAAGCAAAAGAAUUUUACUAUCCAAAGAAACGGUUCUGGCUCUGAAUAUUUUUUCACCCUAUGAUAGUCUUUUUAUUGUCAACCUGAGUAUUGAAGUUUAACUCUAAUAUAAUUUAAAGGUUAUCCUAAAUGUUACAUGGAACAUGUAGUUGGCAGAAAGUAACGCGUUUUAUUUUGUAUGGCAUCACUGUUGCUCAUGGUUGGGUAACAUUUCCUAUAAAGUUUUAAAAUACCAGUUCUGUAUUUAGAGCUUUACAUUGGUCACAUGGAUAUGGAUAUUUUCAUUCUCUGAAAGAAAAAAAAAUGACCUAGGUUAACAGUACUUGAACAUGUUGAAUUGAUGUUUUAAUAAUGGUUUCACAAGUUCUGGUGGCAACUAAUUUUGUUUACAGAUUAGGUGUUGUGAUUUGGACACUAAUUUAUUCUAAUCAACAUUCAUAAAUUUUGAAAAGGAAUAUUUUGAUUGAGAGCUGGAUUAAAUCAGUGGCAUUUUGCUAUUUAAGAAAUUAACUUCUAUCAGAAAGAACCUCAGUGCUGGUUAGAGUGUUAUUUGCAAGUGCACUUGUCAUAUUUCUAGCUACUGAUACAUAAUAAUCUCUUCUACUUAUACUUGUCUGUGUCUGUGAAUCUACCAGUAUGUAAUAUAAAGGGGUUCUGUCAGGGAGCAGAAAGAAUGCUAUGUUGUAUUAAAUCACUGGAUUAAUGUUUACUAUGUGUUUAUCUCAGUGUGGAAUUUUAUCUAAAAUCCUUUGUUUUACUGGUUAAAUUUAUGGUGUUUUGGCUAGUAUAUUAAAUUAUUUGUAUGGCAGUAUUUGAUAAAGCAUAAAAAUUACAACAGGAGAAAACUGUCCUUUUUGAGCCUGUUCACAGCACCUGAUCUUCUACCUCACUUUUUUUUAUUAUUCACUCAAUUUUUUAUAUCGCUCAAUUAAUUUGCUGUCCAGAAUUUUUUUUUGAAUGAACUCCAUGAUUUGGGCCUUGACACUUGGGUAGAAAAUUCCAAAGAUUUGUCACCUCCUGAAGAAAGUUCUCCCCUUAGCUCUAAAUUGCCUAACCUUUAUUAAGAAAUCGAUUUCUGGUUCUCAGCUGCUGGCAGUAGUGAUGCUCUCUUUCCAGCCUUCAAGGACUUCUAUUUGAAUGAGAUCUCAUUCUUAGUUGGAAAUGCUGCCAACCCAGGAACUAGGCCAGUGAAUAUUUAUGCUUCCUCUAAGGCAAGUAUAUCCUUUAUUUGGUAAGGAGAACAAAACAGUACACAAUAUCCCUGGACCUCGGUGAAAUCCCAGUAAAAUGAUAUUCCGGUACUUGAGUCCUCCACUACUAAGGCCAGCAUUUCAUUUGGCUUCGUAAUUGUUCGCUGUUUCUGUAUGUUGGAUUGCAGUGACCUGCGUACAAACCAACCAAGUCUUUCAAACAUCACCACCCAGUCUUUGUCCCUUUUUUAAAUUAAGUUUUCUGUUUUGUACUCAAGCGGAGUAAGUUACAUUUUUUUUCCAUGAGUUGCAGCUGUUAGCCCAAACCAUAAUAUAUGCUAUCUGUAUGUGAACAAAUUCCUAUUCUGUGCCAAUGUAUUGCCUUGUUCCAUGCAUUUGUCCUUGCAAGACUUCAGCAAACAUUUUUUUUUAAAUCUGAAUAUUCAACAUCUGAUUUUUUUUUUCCCCAUUCUCAUCCCUUAAUGAAUCAUGCCCUCUAGCUAAAAUUGACAUUUCAUUUUAAAAAUGCUAUGUUGAUAUUUGCUUGGUCCUGCUGUUGUUAUGUUCCCACAUCUUUCACUCUUUCCAGCAUUUUCUCUACUGAUGUUCGGCUAGAUCAAAAUGAUUCAAAUCAGAGUUUUGCUUUCACUCUGUGCUGGGCUUGGAUUCUUUGUUUUAAAUUGAGACUUUUCUAAUGUAGACAGUAAGAUGUGGUAUAUACUGAUGCAACCAUAUCUGAUAAAGAUUUCAGUUAAAGCAGUAGGGUUGCAAUUCAAGCGAUCUUCUGUAUGACCUAUUUUAUUGUGCCUCAACCUUUUAUUGCUUUUGUGUUGUAACAAUUUUUUCUAUGAGAACAAUUGUAUAGCAAUUUAAUUAGGACUGAUGUCAAAUUGUUUCAUUCAAAUUCAAUAAAAGUUUUUAACUCAUUUACUCUGAAGCAGUGUUAAUGCGUCCG